AAGAAAGAUGGCUUGAGCAAGAUCACACCUUCUGUUGACAAUGUCUCUAAGAAGUUAUCCAAAGUGUCAAUUGAUUCAGAAGCAAAAACAAAUAAACGACCAGGGAAAGAGGUUGCUUCUGUGGUUUCGUACAAGGAUAGUGCUCAGCCCAAUGUAGAUAAAACUAAGAAAGAAAGUGGCACCGCAAGUGAUUCAGAGGAAAAACCUCUGAAUCAGAUAUCAAAGAAGGUGUAUUCUAGUAGUACUAAUGCAGAUGGAUCCUCUUCAAGGAAACCAAAGGAUAAGAAAAAGCGAGCUUGGGGAAAAGUUAUUCUUCCUGAGAAGGAUGGAACCAAAAUCUCGACCAGGAAUGAGGAUGAGGAAAUGAUUGGUUCUCCUAAGGCAGUGAAAUCAAACAAACUUGAUUCUCACAUGGAUGAGACCCAUAUGAAAAAUUCCAAGAGAAAGCAUACCCCAAGUAAAGAAAAAGGAUCUGAUACCUUAGAAUAUGGUGAGAAUCUGAUUGGCUUGAAGGAGAAUGUCUGGUGGCCUAAAGACCAUGCAUUCUAUGACGGUGUUAUUCAGUCGUUUGAUCCUAUUAAAAAGAAGCAUAAGGUGCUCUAUGAUGACGGUGAUGUAGAAAUUUUGAAUCUUAAGAGAGAAAAGUGGGAGGUGAUCAAAGAUGAGUCUGGGUUCUAAUGAGUAGGUUGCAGCAGAUCAUCCGCGUUCUGACGGUUUGUCUGAAAUG